AUGCUCCUUAGAGUUGGGCUGCAGCAAUGUUACGACGAAAAUUGCUUUAACAAUCAAAAAGAAGGAGUGAUUACAACGGAGGAACUAUAUGUGCAACCUAGCAAAACAUACUGCAACAAGUGCAUCGAUGGCGGUUUAGAUUAUGUCUACACAAGUGAUAUUAUGUUUAACAAAGAAGGGGUCUGGCAAAGCAAUCUUAAGCUAAACAUAGGCGAAUUAGUGGAAGACUCGCUGAUUCUGCGGAAAAUCAAAAGAAGAGGAUUUAUUCAGAAUGGUGCAUCGUAUUACGGACUGUUUUCCAAGAAGGAGUACAGCCCGAAUGAGAUUGUUGGCUUUAUAGGGGGUGCAAUUAGCAACAUAAACAUGGUGGGGACAGGAAAUGCAAGAAAAGCAAAAAGUCCUAGUAGAUGUUUUAUAUUUAGAGACUGCGGGCUAGUGAUUGACUCCAGGAAAAGUGGUAAUCUGGUGCGCUUUAUUCGUCGUUCUUGCCGGCCCAAUGUUGCAAUAUCCUUGGAGGUUUGCGAGGAGGGAUGGAAGGGUCAUCCGCCUCUAAAGAAGAAUCCUUUUUUGGUGACAGCAAUCCGUGCAAAGCUCUAUGCGCUUUCCAGAAUUGAGAGUGCUCAGGAGCUGUUCAUAGGGAACGACUAUUCAUCGCAUGCCAGCGAGGAAUGGAUGUCCACAGAGCUUGAUGUAACGGGUGAUGAUCUUGUAGAUUCUUGCUCCUGCAACUCCAAGUGGAGCUGCUUCUUCAGGAAUAAGCUGCCGCAGGAGAAGACCAAGCAAGUGAAAAUCAAGUCAAAAAUAUCCCCAAUUUUUGUGAGAAUGAAGAAGUACACAAAAGAGAAGGUUCCAUUCACACCGUCUGACAUGGCGUACGUUCUCAACCGAAAGUGCACUUUCAUUAAAAGUCCCUAG